AUAGCUGAGACGGCACUCGGAUAUGUCCUCGGAAAGUGUAACAGAUAAUAUCCGAAAUUAAAUGUGCCAAAUAUCCCAUUCAAAUUGUUCUUAUAAUUAAACGUUUAACAUUAUAGCUGAGUUUUUCGUUUAAAAAGAAAAAAAAAAAUAGUGAAACGUGUUGCGGCUACCGUAUGAUUGAUAAUAGAUCUACUGAGACAUAAUUAAUUUGCGUUUGUUAAUUUGUGCUAUUAAAAUAAAGUAUCAACAGAGUGGCAAAUGUUUUAAAUAAGAAAUUUAAAUAGUGUCAGUGAAUGACCGACAAAAAUGCAUUAUAUCUCAUACCGGUAUUGAAAAUGUCACGUGUGGUAAGGAUUUCCAUAAUUUUUCGAAACAUCAAAGCUAUGUGAUGUUCAUGCAUGAGAUAUAUGUAUAUAUUUUGGAACAUUCAAGUGUUCAGAAGAUCGCGGUUAAAGGAAAUUCAUGACAUCUGUAGAAUCUGGAUGGCAGCAAUGGCUUGUGCGUUCUGUCAUCGUGCAAUGAUGUAAGUUGUUAUGCACUCUACGCUCGGCGCGGUUGUACCGCCUUUCCGCUCUUAUUUUCAUUGACAACUGUCGCAAACGAGAUCAACGCUUAAGGAUGUCUGUCGAAAAUAAAACCGUACCAGGAUGGUACGCGACCGAUAUGCUCUUUCACGACAUCGCACGGUACUAUGAGUCGAUUCUCCUGCCGCUGGGCCUGCUGGGCAACUGUCUGUCCAUGUGCGUCUUCUUCGGCACAAAGCUGCGUUAUUCCUCGUGCAGUAUUUAUUUGGGCGCCCUAGCGAUAAGCGACACCGGCUUUCUGGUGUCGGCCUUCAUAAGCUGGCUAAACAUAAUGCACAUAACGAAUCUGUUCAACGGGCGAGGCUUCUGUCAAUUCUUCACGUAUCUGGGCACCGUUUGCGGCUUUCUCAGCGUAUGGCUCGUCGUGGCUUUUACCGUUGAGCGGUACAUUGCGGUCAGGUGGCCACUUCGACGUCAAUCCUUGUGCACGGUGAGCCGAGCGAAAACCAUAACGAUGGGGCUGACAGCAUUGGCGAUUCCACUGUGCAGUCCCGUGCUGCUGUUCCUCAAGUCACACGAAAUCACCGAAACUUUGAGGGAGUGUGCCUUGGAUUUUGACUGGCAGUCCUGGGCGACCGUCUACAACGCCCUUGACGCCUUCAUAACGUUCGUCGUACCUCUGACUGUGAUAGUGAUCUUCAAUACUCUGAUAGCGCGCAACAUUUACAAGCAGGACCACGUUCGAAGAACAUUGACCAUAGAAUCCGACGCUUCUAUCAACGAGAGGAACCAGACUUCUCGCAACAGAAUGCCACAGACCAAGGUCACGAAAAUGCUCAUGGUGGUUUCGAGCGCGUUCUUCUGUUUGAACAUGCCUUCGUGCGUCUUCAGGCUGCUCGCCUUCAUUUACGAUAAUCAUAAUCCACCAUUAUGGCUCGUUUUGACGCAGCGAAUAGCCUACUUAUUGUUCAUCACAAGUUUCGGAAUAAAUUUUAUUCUUUACUGCGCCAGCGGACAGAAUUUCCGUAGAGCGAUGGUUGACAUGUUCAUGAGGCGUUCAGAUAUUGAGAGGAACAGAACUUUCAUGCAGACGGCGAAUCACGGAAAACAAUAUGUUUCAGAAUUCACGCGCAAAUGCAAUUCGACAAAACAGACGCAUUUUGUCGACAAUGCGCAUCAGCAAAGUUCACAAGAGAUGCAAAAACUCCCACUGAAUUGAAAGUAUACUGCAGUAUAGUUGCGGAGAAAUUAUAAUAACGUAAAAUAUUACUUUUGCUGUGCAAAUAAUUAAACAAAGGACAAUAAGAAAAUGAUAUA